AUGUCAAAUAUACACGAACUGCAAAAAUCAGGAUAUCCACUGAAGUUGACCAUUGUGAUUAGUACCGAUGACAAUGUGACUCAAGAACGCGUUGAAAGUCGAGCAUUGAGUGCCGUCCAAAUUAUCAGGGAGGAUUUGAAUAGCGCUCCAAUUUGUAUUGUUACUCAACGGAUACUCGGAAUAAUGGGUAAGCGCUUCAACAAAGAUUUCCGCAGAAAAAAUUUGGAGUUGGAUAGCUACGGCUUGGCAUUAAUGUUCUAUGGUCAUGACGUAAACGCAUCGACCCUCCUUGUAGACCAAGAAGAUAAUAAUGAAACGUUGAAAACCAAAUUUGAACACUGGAAGGUUUGA